GAACACCAUUUACAAAGAGCAAUCUCAGCACAGCAAGUCUUCAGAGAAAAGAAAGAGAAUAUGGUUAUUCCAGUUCCUGAAGCAGAAAGUAAUGUCAACUAUUACAGUCGUCUGUACAAAGGAGAAUUUAAACAGCCAAAGCAGUUCAUUCAUAUUCAACCCUUUAAUCUAGACAAUGAACAACCUGAUUAUGAUAUGGACUCAGAAGACGAAACUUUAUUAAAUCGGCUUAAUCGGAAGAUGGAAAUCAAACCACUGCAAUUUGAAAUUAUGAUAGACAGGCUUGAAAAAGCUAGUUCUAAUCAGCUUGUAACACUUCAGGAAGCUAAAUUGCUGCUAAAUGAGGAUGAUUAUCUUAUUAAGGCUGUCUAUGACUACUGGGUAAGGAAACGUAAGAACUGCCGAGGGCCAUCCCUCAUCCCCCAAAUCAAACAAGAGAAAAGAGAUGGUUCUACCAACAAUGAUCCCUAUGUGGCUUUUCGGAGGAGAACUGAGAAAAUGCAGACAAGAAAGAAUCGAAAAAAUGAUGAAGCCUCUUAUGAGAAGAUGCUGAAACUAAGACGAGAGUUCAGUAGAGCCAUAACAAUUUUAGAGAUGAUUAAGAGACGAGAGAAAACAAAACGGGAGUUACUACAUUUGACAUUAGAAGUUGUAGAGAAAAGAUAUCAUUUGGGUGAUUAUGGAGGAGAAAUACUUAAUGAAGUUAAGCUUAAUUCAACUGAGAAAGAGAUGAACACCACUCCUGCAGCACUUCAUAAUGGAAAUCAUCACAAAGUUCAAGAAUGUAAAGUUAAGCAUGCUCACCAUUCAUCUCUAAAAGAGGAAGUGUCUGAUGUUGUCCGUCAAAAGAAGAAAUAUCCAAAGAAGCCUAAACUUGAGAGUGUAAUAAAUCCUCCGCAGUCUACUACUGAGCCCUUGCCUGUGAUCAGUAAAAGUGAUAUCAAACAAUAUGACUUCCACAGUUCAGAUGAAGAUGAAUUCCCCCAGGUAUCCUCACCAAUAUCUGAGCCAGAAGAAGAAAAUGAUCCUGAUGGAGCCUGUGCAUUCAGAAGAAGAGCAGGAUGCCAAUAUUUUGCUGCUCAUUUGGACCAAACGAAUUAUUCUCAUGAAAAUUCAGAACUGGCAGAAUUGGAUAAGCUAAGAUACAGACAUUGUCUCACAACGCUUACAGUUCCAAGAAGAUGUAUAGGAUUUGCAAGGAGACGAGUUGGAAGAGGUGGAAGGGUACUAAUGGACCGGAUAGGCACAGAAAAUGAUCCUGUCCUGAAGCAGAUUGAUCCAGAUAUGCUGAAUAGUUGUUCGAGCUCUUCCCAAAAUAUAGACAUUUCUUCUAAUUUUUCACGGACCAAUGCUUCCAAUAAACAUUGUGGAAAUAAACUUUCCCUUUCUGAAAUACUAAGCAAUAUCAGGUCAUGUCGACUGCAGUGUUUCCAACCAAGGCUACUAAACGUACAGGACAGCGAUAGUGAAGAAUGUACCUCAAGGAAACCAGGGCAGGCUGUGAAUAAUAAAAGAGUUUCUGCACCUUCUGUAGCUUUAUUGAACACCAGCAAGAAUGGGAUUUCAGUAACUGGGGGUAUUACAGAAGAACAAUUUCAGACACAUCAACAGCAGUUAGUUCAAAUGCAAAGGCAGCAACUGGCUCAGCUCCAACAGAAACAGCAGUCUCAGCAUCAAUCCCAACAGACAUAUCCAAAAGCACAGGGCUCAAGCACUUCUGACUGCAUGUCAAAAACGCUUGACUCGGCCAGUGCCCAUUUUGCUGCAUCUGCAGUGGUGAGCGCACCCGCUCCCAAUCGGGGUGAGGCGACAAAGGAACAGAGUGCCAGCCACAAUAUCAACGGUGUUGUUCAGCCAACAGCAACAUCAAAAACUCUGUAUUCCACCAACAUGGCUCUGUCAUCUAGCCCAGGGAUCUCAGCUGUACAACUUGUAAGGACAGUCGGUCACACCACCACAAACCAUUUAAUCCCAGCAUUGUGCACAAACAGCUCUCAGACACUUCCUAUGAACAAUUCCUGUCUCACCAAUGCAGUGCACCUCAACAAUGUCAGUGUUGUUUCUCCAGUCAAUGUACAUAUCAAUGCAAGGACUUCAGCACCAUCGCCAACCGCCUUAAAACUUGCCACAGUUGCUGCCAGUAUGGAUAGAGUGCCAAAGGUGACUCCAAGCAGUGCCAUCAGCAGCAUAGCAAGAGAGAACCAUGAACCCGAAAGAUUGGGUUUGAAUGGAAUAGCAGAGACGACAGUAGCAAUGGAGGUGACAUAACCUAGCAUAGUAGCUCAAUGUGUGCUGAUGGUGUCAUUUAUAUUCCAGCUGAAUGCAAAACAAAACUCUGUGGAUCACAGGGGAUUAAAAUGGACCUAAACGGACUAUCAUAUCGUAUAUUAAGUCGAUAUAUAAUGUACAUUUUGUAAAAUUGGGAAAAUCACUACCUUGUAAAAUAGUUUAUUUGUAUCAUCAAUAUUAUUUCUGUUACUUGAAUAGUAGAUAUUCAUCAUCAUGCUUUUGCACUUGAAUUUGCAACUGAAUGGAUUUAAAAAUAAUUCUUUAAAUGGGAUCAUGAGCAUGAAAUGGGAUCCUGCAUCACUUGUUUUAACUAUUUAUUUUGCCAUGUUUACAUUUUGUAUCUUGUAAAAAAAUAAAUCCAACUUUGUGUCUAAAAAAAAAAGUUAAAGAUUCAUAGCUAGGAAAAAUUCUUGUAAUUUUUUUCUAAAGGAAAUGUAAAGUUUUCACUUGGUUCAUUUUGUUUCACAAUUUUAGAUGGACUUUUUGGUAAAUACUUUAGUGGCAUUUCACUGUCAAAUAUGAAGUUCAAGGCAAAAUAGUAUUUUCUAUUACUGUGCAGGGGAAAGGGAUGGAUCGAUACAUGCAAAUUUAAUGUAGUAACCCACUUUUCCAUAUAUUUUGAAUGUAUAUUUCUAUUUAUAAUACCAAUUUAUAAAAAAUAAUUACACAGAAAACCUGACUAGUACAAAUUAUGCAUCUAGCACAUAUUAAACUGUGCAGAUAUGAAGAAAAUUUUCAACUGAUUAUAUUUUAUCUGAAGUCUGCAUAAUUUAACCGGCUUUUAACUGUAACACACCACAUAAAUGAUAUUUUACCAGGUAUGUAUUGCAUUAUAUAUCAUUGCAAUAAUUAUUGGAUGUCUAGAUAUCGAGCCAUCCCAGGUAAUGGGGGAGGGGGGAGGGUCAUGGCAGAUUGUCUUUCAAUUUUGGAAAGUUUUCCUGUGGCUACAAGGCAAGUAACGGGUUGGAAAAAGUCUGACUGUAAGCGUUGGACACCUUCGUAGUGUAGUGUUUUAGUGACUUUUUUUAUACGGUUCUUGUAAAUUAGAUAUGUGUAGUGGUGUUUCAGAAUGUUUGUUUAUGCACUAGUUCAGACAACUUUCCCUGUUACUUGUUCUUGAUAAGUGAAAACUGCAGGGAAAUAAAAAUACAUAUCAAAACAUGGGCAUCUUGCAUACGUGUUUAUUUCACAACAUGGAGAACAGUUUGCAACUUUUGGAAACCAGUAGUUAUCAAACUGAGACACCAGCAAUUUGGCAUGUAUAGGUUCAGCACCAUCUCAAUAGAACGAGGACUCUAGAAGCUUCUGCAG